AUGACAGCCGAUGAUCGGAGUCGAUGGUCCACAGUUGUUCGUGCUCUCGAGGCGGCGUCUUCGUCACCCAUCGAGCCCGACCAACUUAUAAAUGCGUACAACAGAUUUGGAGCGAAUUCCGUGGGAAUCGGAAUUCAUGAGUUGAAUGAGAAUGACAGAUUAAGCAGGGACAGCAUUUCCGGCGAGGACUUGGCUGUUUGGAGGGAUCAUCUACGUGUUGAGAAAGAUCGGUACGCUUUAGAGGAACUGCUCUUUCUUGCGUUCAGUCGAAACAAGUUUCCAUUUGAACUCGUCAACCAUCUUAUUAAGUCCCUUCUUCCUCUUCGCUCUUCUGACGUGCUUGUGGCACGUGAAGCUCUGGGUGCUAUUUCAUAUUUUAUUCCAUUGAACGAGAACACAGUGGACAAAGAGGACGAAGCCUACUUAUAUCACUUGCGAGCGAUAGACUCACUAUUUCCAGAUAUGGAAGAGUUCUUGCUUAGAGUGAUGUUAUCGGACGAUGACACUGUCGAGUCACAGUACUGGUAUGUCAGCAUGCGUCACUGUGUGAAAGCAGUUUUCGCUUUGUCUGCUGACAUCGACUACGUUGUCUCAAGGAUACUUGGAAAGGCAAUGUGGUACGCUCAUCGUUCCGCUCAACUGUUGAUAUUAUAUAAAGAAGGCUCCCCGCCAUCGAUCGAUCGAUCUGAAUAUUGGAACACAGCAUGGCAGAAGACUACGGAACGACUCCUAAUGCUGAUUGUGGAGGUCAUACAAAGUAUUUUUGUCUAUGUUGACAACUACUUCCCGAAGCUACUAAAACGUGCAAUGACUUUGGAUGAGAAAUGUUCGGAAGAACUCGAAAAAGCCGUGGAACCUUAUGCUGACUUCAACAAGGAUCAUUUUGGCAUUGAGAUGGAUUUGGCUUAUCGGGAGGACUUAUUCGCGAGAGCGGUCACUUCUAUAGCCAAAUCGAAGGCAGAGGGCGGUGAUAGUACAUCGCCAGAGCUUGGUUCUGCUUUGGAGAAAGCCGCUGAUAAGGCUGCGAAUGAGUUAGGAUUUCAGAAGACGAUUCUAAUCCCAAGAGGUACAUUACCAGAUGCCGCACUCUGUCCGCUGAACAGAAAGCGAGCAGAUGCCAACAAAGGACAGCACAAAUGUAGAGAGGAAGGUGAAAGAUUUAGGCAACUGCCUCUCUUGGUUGAUGGCAAGCCUCUAGAUAUCGUUGUCGAAAAAAUGUGUCAGAGGUUCCAGUUCUGCAGUAGUGGGGAAGCGAUAGAGCACAAUAAAAAUAUAGCGUACUACUUCUCAUACUUCAUUUCGCAACUGAUUUUGUCGAAUACGUCAUUUUACAAGGAGGCAGCGUUGAAACAAAUCGAAGUCUUUGAGCUUGCAAUGGAUCAACAAAUGGAACUGUUGUUUCCCAGAUAUACGAGGAUGAAAGGUGUUGUAACUGAUGCUGGAACUGGCCGCAGAACGGUACUAGCACCAAGUGGUGGCACUCAGAAAUUUCAACUUCCACCAAAAGUCGCCAAUUCGGGUUCACUGUCGUUGAACAGUACGGUGAAUCGCUCGUUGAAGGGAUCCAAACAAUCAGGAGAGAACGGUCAUUCUGUUUCGGAACUUGGAGCAGUGUACGUCCAAGCGAUGCGCAUGUUGGAAAACAUGAGCAUGGAGCUAAUGUGUAGCGAUAUGGAGCUUGCUAGAUUGGCAGACAUUGCUCAUCGUGCAAUCAAUUUGAGCCGAAAUGUUAAGAAAAACUACUUCCCACCACUACACGUUCUUCGAUACGGUGCUAACCUUUCGUCGGCCUUAUCCUCUCGUACAUCCCUUUGGGAAAAUCGGAAUGGUAUUGUAGAGCGGCUCUAA